CGGAAGAAACUCCACCCGCAGGGGCUGAAGCCGGUAGGUGGCCAGUGCCGCGCGCCCCUCCGCGAAGAUGAUGGCAGCGGCCGCAGCAGCCAAGCCAGCCGAGUUGAUGGGUAUCUGCUCGAACUACCAGGCGGUCAUGCCGCACUUCGUGUGCAUCGCCGAGGAGUUCCCUCAGCCCAUCCGGCCCGCCAAGCUGCCCAAGGGCAAACUGCGCAGACCCCGGCAGUCUCGCUUCAAGACGCAGCCGGUGACCUUCGACGAGAUCCAGGAGGUAGAGGAGGAAGGGGUCUCCCCCAUGGAGGAGGAGAAAGCCAAAAAGUCCUUCCUGCAGUCCCUCGAGUGCCUCCGGAGGAGCACCCAGAACCUCAGCCUGCAGCGGGAGAAGCUCAGCAGCUGCGGCCGGCUGAGGAACAGCGUGGACUCCAGCGACUCCGACUCUGCCCUCUGAAGGGCCGGCGGGGCCCGGCCGGCUGGGCGCCCCCUGCAAACCCAAGCCGGGGAGAGACUGGCAGCGGACUCGACCCCCCCUGGGGCGCUGCUUCAUAGUGAAGUUGGCAGGUAUCAGACUAAGGAGAACUUUGUUUUUUAAACCGGACGAGACUGUUUCAGAAGAGAUUCACUGGGCAGGCUGCGUUUGGCUGUGUCGCCGCCGCCGCCCCCGCAACAACUAUUGGACACUCCUUUGAUUUUGUAUCAUGUAUCCAAAUCCAGACGGAGGGAGAUUUGGAAGAAGAGUAAUCUUGGAAGGAUGAUAUUUCUUUGCGCUCUCUUUUAAAAAAAAACCUCCGAUAAAGAUCCAGUGUGAAUGUGCUAGCUUCCAAGGACAGUUUGCAAGUGAGGUCAGAAUAUUUUUUUAAAGAAAGUGCUUGUUUGUAUGUUCUUCCUUGGCUGUUUUUUAUUUUAAAAAAAUGCACACCCCUUUUCUAAUUGUUAAGAAAAAAUGAGAUGUUUUAUGAAUGCAAUCAGCUGCUGGACUUUAUAUUUAUUUUUGCAUUUAAACUCUUGACUGCAUUAAUUUAAUACGUUUUUAUCUUAAUGUCUAUAAUUAUUUACACAAAAGAGAAAUAAAAUGUUAUAUUUGCACAAUG